GCUCAGUCUGCUGCUGGCCGUCGGUGCGCUCACACGCACGCUCGCGUUACGCUACGUUACGUUACAUGAGGGAAAACGGAGGAAAAGGAACUUGUGGACAUUGUUGAGCUGCGCGCGGACUACUUUGGAGAUCACGCCGCCGUUUCCCGUUCCCCGUUCCCCGUUCCCCGUGCGAUGAGACGGUCGUUCGGUUUGUGAAGUGCCCUUAAACUGCCACCUCUAGGCUGUUUGUUCUUGCCCAUUUCCCACUGAUUGACAUGAGAACCGCUGACGGCUCAUCUGGAACGGUCCUGCACCGUCUCAUCCAAGAGCAGCUCCGCUACGGCAACCUGACGGACACGCGCACGCUCCUGGCUAUCCAGCAGCAGGCCUUGCGUGGAGGCAGCGGCGGCGGGGGUACCGGCAGUCCUCGCUCGUCUCUGGAGAGCUUGACUCAGGAGGAGCCCCAGUACAUGCAGAUGUCCACACGCCAGGAGCCCCAGGGCCAGGAGCACCAGGGGGACUGCUUGCAUACAGAGAGUCAGGUUUGCCGCCUGUACCAGCUUCAUGGAGAGGAGCUGCCCACGUACGAGGAGGCGAAGGCUCACUCCCAGUACCUGAUCUCCCAGAAGGGGCAGGAGGGGCCCGGCGUGGACAUCAUGGGGAGCUGCGGUGAGGGGCAGUGGGAUUUGAAAAGGGAGCACGCUCGCUCCCUCAGCGAGAGGCUCAUGCAGCUCUCUCUGGAGAGAAACGGCCUCAGAGACAGUCUGGCCAUGAGCUCUUCAAACAGCUAUCCACGGCUGCAUGACGAUAUGGCAAAUGCUGCGGCGGUCGACAGGCAGGCGGCCCAACAGUGCGUGGACCAGCGCGGGCCGCCCCCGGGCUACCCUCUGUUCGCCAGACUUCCUGGAUACAUGCUCAGCCACUCCCAGGAGCACGGGCAGUACUACAGAGACCCUCCCCCCCCCUUCUACUCCCACCAGCAGCACAGCAGGUACCCGUCGGCUCAGUCCCAGGGGGCCCCCAACGGCAUCGCCGCAGCCCCCGGCAACGGCAUGGCUCAGGCCGACGUGUUGGUCCGGGAGAACGAGCGGCUCAGGAAGGAGCUGGAGGCCCACGCCGAGAAGGCGGCCAGGCUGCAGAAGUUGGAGCUGGAGAUCCAAAGGAUAUCUGAAGCGUAUGAGACUCUGAUGAAAGGCUCUGCCAAGCGGGAGACUCUGGAGAAAACAAUGAGGAAUAAACUAGAGGCCGAGAUUAAGAGGAUGCACGACUUCAACAGGGAUCUGAGAGAUCAGCUCGACUCCGCCACCAGACAGCGGGCGGCCAGGGAGGCCGAGUGUUCGGACCAGAGACAGCAUGUCUUUGUCAAGCUGCUGGAGCAAAAUGAAGAGCAGCAGAGGGAGCGUGAACAACUGGAGAGGCAGAUACAGCAGCUGCGCGUCUCCGGGGAGGAGGGCCAGCGGCGGCGGGAGCUGCUGGAGCAGGCGCUGGCCUCGACGCAGGCCCGCAACCGGCAGCUGGAGGAAGAGCUGCAGAGGAAGAGGGCCUACGUCGCGAAGGUGGAGCGGCUGCAGAGCGCGCUGGCUCAGCUGCAGGCGGCGUGCGAGAAGAGGGAGGAGCUGGAGCUGCGACUGCGCACACGACUGGAGCAGGAACUGAAAAGCCUUCGGGCCCAGCAGUCUCGGAGACAGGCAGCUGACCCCACGGCUUCGGAACCGAGCUCCUCCACGCUGCUGCAGCAGCUGAGGGAGAAAGAGGAGCGCGUUCUGGCCCUGGAGGCCGACAUCACCAAGUGGGAGCAGAAGUACCUGGAGGAGAGCACCAUGAGGCAGUUUGCAAUGGACGCCGCCGCCACUGCUGCAGCACAGCGAGAUACAACCAUCAUUAAUCACUCGCCUCGACAUUCACCAAACAGCAGUUUCAAUGACGACCUGCCUUUGGCGAGCCACAGACAUCAGGAGAUGGAGAACAGGAUUCGCGCGCUUCACGCUCAGCUCCUGGAGAAAGAUGCUGUGAUCAAAGUCAUCCAGCAGCGCUCCAGAUGGGAGCAGGGCAAGCUGGAGAAACAGGGGCUUCGUCUCGCCAGGUCCGUUCCCUCCAUCAACACCGUGACCAGCAGCACCGAGAGUAAAGGAAAGAGCCUCUCGGAUGACCAGACAGGCGCCACUGCGCUGCAACCCCGGCCACUCGUGGGGCCCAGGGCCCCGAGCCGAGACUCCAGCACCCAAAGUGACGAGGCCCUGCUGGAGCCUGAGCUCACGGCAGAGCCGAUGUCUGAGGGCAUCUCAGCAGCUACAACUGACGCCUCGGAGGAGCCGCUCAAGACAUUCAAGAGCAUCAGCAGCUCAGAGGCAGAGGUGGUUGAAAUCCUCAUUUAAUACGACUUCAACGGCGACACGGACUUUUGGCCGAGGCGUCGAAGGCCUUCCUCCACGUCUGAGCGAAGCCAGUCCUCCGACGUGAGCGGAGCAGUCUUCAAGCCCACUCGAACAUGCAGAGUCCAGGAUCGUUGGUGAGGAGAGCUGAGCUCUCCUCCAUUCACAAACUCUGACAUUUGCCUCGAGUCUGAAUUUUCCAAGGUACCUGGACAGAAUUCUGCUGUGAUAGGAACUUUUUUUGUUUUCUUUUUCGCAUGCUACUUUGUUUUUUGUUAUAUGUAUUGUAUUUAUAUUUGUAAACGCUGCUCAUAUUGUGAUGUUACUUUUUAUGUUUGAGAGGUGAGAAGAACCAGAAUCACUUGCUUUGCUCCGCUCCACCUAAUUUAUAUAAAGUUAUACUCUCCUCUCUGGAUUAAGUGUGCAACCCUUCUAUGUUUGGUCGGGUUUAUUUUGAAGUUCCAGUAGCGAGCCAGUUACCGUGUCCUCUGAAAGUAAUAUUUCUAAUAUAAGCAUCCUCUGCUGUCCAUGCCAUGUUUGGGGAUUAUGCUGUGUAACAGAACGACUCAAACCUAAAUUCCCAGUUGCUCUUCUCUUUUAAAAUACAUUCGGGGGCCCUGCUCACGCCUCAGAGGAAGAUUUAGAAACUUUCAAACUCUCUUUAAAAAAAAACCUGCGAGGAUUGACGGGCGUUUCACGGGGGUCUAAUUUUUCCAGAUCCCGGGUUAAUGUUCGGGGGCCUCACAUGGCGACUGCCCAGCAUUUUAGCUCCCCUCCGCUGACACGGCGGUGCUAAUCUUCUCACAUUCCCUCGCUGAGGGAAUGCUCCCUUUAAAGAAAAAGGCUAUCUAAAGUCUGACCCCUCGCCCUUGUUAAAAUGGCACGCAUUCUCCACAUGAUUCUCUUUCUAGGUCCGUUUAUUUCGUCCGAGUCGUGGUAGCUGGUUCUACCCCGAAACGGUCAACUAUAAUUGGCCUGCAUUUGCUACAAUAUUUGUUGUCCCCAUCACUGCUCAAGUAUCCCACAUAUCUGAGUGGACUGUGUCCUUACUUCUAUUUAUUUCUCCUGGCAUAGUGUCGGAUCACUGAACACUGCUGAAUGUAGACUCCUGUUUUGUAUUUAACUGGAAUGUGCCACAACUCAUCUUUGGAGGGGGGAUACCGCUAAGCUAAUAUCUUAUAUUAGAGUUGUCAGUUUCCGUCUUGACAACAUUAUUAACGGGAGUAGUGUUUGAAGUUCCACAAACCGCACGUGAAAUCUGACAUUUGACUGGUAUUCCCCACAUGUCCCGUCUCAAUGCGUUUGCUGGUCAAUGCACUGUGUUUAAGUUAAUGCCCCUUCACUUUUUUCCUGUUUUUAACUUUUUUUGGAAUGUGUUUACAUGAAUGGCUAUUUGAAGUGAGAGAAGUUAAUAUAUUUUGUAGUUGUUGUUUUUUUCAUUCAUAUACUAUAUUCCUUUUGUUUUCUGGUGCCAAAGAUGUACUCUACUUUUAAGUUAUAAUCGAUGACAAAUACAAAAGGUCCUGUUUAGGUGCCUUGCUUCAGCUGGUUGACCCAUUUUGAUGUUGAUGAACUAUUGUAAAGGAAACAUUUGUAUGUAUGCCUUAACAUUUCACUGUAAUAGAUUACAAUUCUUAAUAUAUGUCUGAUAAAAGGCUUUCUGUUAUG